GGAUACGUCAGCAUCACUUGACACAGUUGGCACGAAGGGCGUCCCGAGUAAGGAGCGCAGCGCCAGGCGAACUUCAGACUUGGCACAGAGUACAGCUCUCCCUCCAGCCGGUCAGUCUGUGGAUCUUUUAUUCUUGUUCCGCAGCCAGGAAAAACUUGGACCGAGCGUGCCCAGGUGUGUGUGUGUGUUGGAAGUGAAGGAAAGGUGUGCAGCAGUCAUGAGGAUACAGAGAAUACCGUCCCUGUGGCUCGCUGUCCUGGCGCUACUGGCGGCCGGGACGGCGGUGGUACGGGCGCAGGGUCCGUGCGGGCCGUCGCAGUUCGAGUGUCGCGACGGGUCUUGCAUCGAGUCCGUCCUGCAGUGCGACGACACGCCGGACUGCCCGGACGAGAGCGACGAAGAAAACUGCGCGACGUCCCUGGUGUGCGACGAUGACCAGUUCACCUGCGAUGACGGGGAGUGCAUCCCUGCCGACUAUCAGUGUGACGACGACGCCGACUGUCAGGACAGGUCUGACGAGAAAAACUGCCCGGUGAGGCAGUGCGCGUCGGACGAGUUCCGGUGUGACAAUGGCGGGUGCGAGGACGCCAUCUACGCGUGCGACGGGGAGGACGAUUGCGGGGACAACAGCGACGAGAAGGACUGCCCUGUGGCACCUGGAUCCAGCUGCUUCGUGAACCAGUUCGAGUGCCAGUCCGGUGACGAGUGUGUGGCCAUCACCUACCGCUGCGACGGGGAGGCUGACUGCAAUGACCGCUCCGACGAAGUUGGUUGUGAUCAGUGCAACUGCAACGGACAUUCCAAUGACUGUGACCCAGUCAGUGGCCGGUGUCAGAAUUGCGAGCAUAACACCAUGGGCAACUCAUGCGAGCGCUGCUUGCCUGGCUUCGUGGGAGACCCCAGAAAGGGGACCCCCAAUGACUGUCAGCCGCUUGCGCUGUGCGACUGCAACAACCAUGCCAUAGAGUGUGACGUGUCUGGAAAGUGCCUGAACUGCCAGCAUAACACGGCAGGGGACCGGUGCGAGAGCUGCGCGCCCGGUUACGAGGGUGACGCGACGCGGGGGACGGAACAGGACUGCCAGCCCAUAGCUAGAUGCAACUGUAACGGACACUCGAACGACUGCGACUCACAGGGCAACUGUCUGAACUGCCAACACAACACCAUGGGAGUGCACUGUGAGCGCUGCGUACCUGGUUACUACGGUGACCCGCGUAGGGGCACGCCCGGCGACUGCCAAGCCCUCCCCGCCUGUAACUGCUAUGGCCACUCUAAUGACUGUGACCAGUACGGGCAGUGCAGGGUAGGUUCUGGUCUCAAGGACAACACAAGGACGAUUUAUGAGAGGGUGUGA